AUUACGCGCCGCCAUUCACGACAUCGGCAAGGACAGAUGGCAAUACGAAGACCGAUUAUCGAUGAGGGAACUAAUGGUCAUCCUGUUGCUCGUCGCAAUCGGCAUCUCACUUAUUGUAGACUCGGACAAGCACAUCGGGAUUGACUCCACCACGGUGACUUCGCUGUGCGCCGUGGUGGCCGUGGGCAUCCCGCAGAAGCUGGGCAACCUUGUGCUGGCCGAACACGUGGUCACAUGGCAGCUCGUACUCCGCCGCCUGCCCUGGGAACUGAUCCUGGUGCGACUUGGAGGAAGCGCCCUGCAGGUCGUCGCCGAGCGUUCGAGGGUGUCCACGUGGCUGCUGGAGACUUUACUGCGACACGUGAACACGCGAGUGCACCCCGCCUGGUGCCUCGUGGCGUUGAUGGCUGCGACGGCGCUGGUCUGCGAAGUGGACACCGGCGUUGCCGGAUCUCCGCUCGUCCACAAGCUGAUACUUCUGUCGGAGCGCUUCCAGCUGCACCCGUUGUACUUCUUGUUGCCCGUGCUGAUGCAGUCUCGCUGCGUGCUGCUGGUGCCAUACACGAGCACGCCCCUCGCCUUCCUACACCUGUACGCCCACAUGCGAAGCGCGGAACUGUACUGGCUGGGGUUGCUGCUCAAGGUCAUCUUCUGCGUGGCAUUUGUGGUGGCGGCCAACACUAUGCUGUUCCUCUAGCGGCCAGUUUGUCGGCAAACUGUUCUUCUACACCGAUGAGCUCAUGUUUAAUAUUUCGUGGGCGACGCUCUUGUGCUCGCGGACAUUCUAACGGAAACACAAUUUCUAACGUUCUGGCGUUCCACGAAUGGUGAACCUGACGUUCUUGCCCCCCUUGACAGCGUGAAAGACUUUACACUUGUUCACAUUACUGCGAAUGCUGUAGCACCAUGUUGAUCAUUUUCUGUUCUGUACCAUGCCGCUGUUAGCUUGUUUCUCGGAUUUCUAUUGAUGAAAGUGUCAUUAAGAUUUGCAUUGCUAGCGUACCGCUACAUGGCGGCAUAGCAUUUCUGGAAUUCAUAAAUCCAUCGACACAAGACUCGACGAUAACAGCGAAGGCUCUAAAGAUGGUCAUACAGACGACAACGAAGAUGUGACUUGGCGGACCAGGCAUCAAUUUGUGGAUUCCUAUUAUAUAAUUGCGUUGCUGUCACGUGUUGAUAAGAAGCCUUAGUGCUUUAGUAAAGGUCCGUUUGAAAGUACCAUAUAGCGCACUUCGGACAGGAAAUCGACAACUAGCAUGGAGUGCCUUAAUGAGAAUUUGGUGCAGCCGCAGCUGCUUGGUACAUUUAACAUAUUUUGUCAGUUUUUUUGUAUUGCUCGUCGUUGUGCGCAGAGGUUCACGCACUAAGGUUCGUAAGCUGCGAAAUCACCUUGGCAUCAAGUUGCCGUAUUUGUGAAGCCAAUAAAUGG